GAUUUAAUGAUUUGGCAUUUUUUUUUGUAGUGCUGGUUGUUUUAGGUACUAGUUCUGGAGUGUAGCAAUGCUGAAUGCAGCGCUGGUAUGUUACCAGCCACAGAGCUGCCCUCAGCGCUCGGAAAGCCGCACCUCGUCGGCCUAGAGACUAGCGAUAGAUGGUGAUUGAUGGGGGAAGCCAGACUACGUUGAGGAAAUGCAAGCCUGGUGUUGACCAUGCUUCCCAUGCAUGACAACUCUCGCACAUUUCCUUAGUUAACAAGCAAUAGCCUCGCGACAAAAUAGUUUCACCCUUGUAGCCGGCACCUCUUGCACAUUAUUAAGUAAAGAAGCUUGCCAGCUGAGACAGGCACACUGGACAAUGGCGACUGACUAGCGCCCCCUCGUGGUUACCUUUUACAAGCAUUCAGAUUUGUGUCACGUGUGUGAGAAUAUUAUUACAAUUACAAAUAUAUAAAACUAACACUUAAUAAUAAAAAACCCUUAUUAAUAAAAUGUCUAGAACCAUCAGCAACCACUAUAUGGCCUCGUUGCAAACAAAAGCAGUGGUACAUGUGAAGUGUGGUGGCCCUGUGCACUCCGUCUUGCGAGCCGGUGAUGCACUCUAGCACCCGCUGUGUUCGUCAUGCUGACAGACUGGCAGGAUGAGGAGGGGGAGACAUGACUGGCUCAAGGCCAGUAGAAUCUCAAAAUAACAAGAACAAUUUGAAUUAAAUAAUCGCAGCAUAAAAGGGAUCGCGCUCUUCAAGUCACUGGCAAUCAGGGGGUCGAAGCUGCUAUGGAAUGGCUGCUGGCCCAUGCGGACGAGCCCUUGCCGGAGCCCGCGCUGGCUCAGCCGGAGAGCGACCCUUCCGCCGAAGUGGCCAAGUCCAUCAAGUGCAACGACUGCGGGAAGCUGUUCACCAGCCACUCGGAGGUGGAGUUCCACGCCACCAAGACGGGCCACGAGAACUUCUGCGAGAGCACGGAGGAGAAGAGGCCGCUGACGGAGGAGGAGAAGCGGGAGCAGCUGCGCAAGCUGGAGGAGAAGAUGCGGCAGAAGAGGCUGGAGCGGGAGGAGAAGGACCGGCAGGAGGCGCUGGAGCGGGAGAGGCUGCGCAUCAAGUCGGGAAAGGAGCUGACGGCAGCCAAAAAGAAGAUGGAGGAGACGGAGAUGAGGAAGAUCAUGGAGCAGCGGCAGAGGGACAAGCUGGAGGACAAGCUGGCGAGGCAGCGAGUCAAGGACCAGAUAGAGCAGGACAAGCUGGCGCGCCGGGCCAGGUUCGGGGGCGCAGGGGCGACCGAGCCGAGCGCCUCUGCCCCCGGCCCCAGCCCUGCCCCCGCCCCUGCCCCCGCCUCCGCCCCCGCCCCCGCCCCUGCCCCCCAGAGGGACUACUCCCAGACCAGGCUGCAGAUACGGCUCACCGACGGACAGAGCAUCACCCAGACGUUCGGUGCGAAGGAGCAGCUCUCGGCCGUUCGACUGUACGUGGACAUGAACAGGACAGAUGGCUGCGGAGAGUUCUCCCUCAUGACCAACUUCCCCAAGAAAGUGUUUUCUGACGAAGACUACGAGAAACCACUGGACGUACUUGGCCUGGUACCUUCUGCAGUGCUGAUAGUGACGCGCAGUGCAGUGCACUGACUCUCGCCGCACGUUGGUAAGCCUUGCUGGGAAGUUUCGUUCACCGCAACACAGAAUCGUCGACAUCCACGUCUAAUGCAGCGGCUGAAACACUGUUGCCCAGGUGUCAGAGAUAACAAACAUUAAUCUUGCUCGAGUGACUAGAGCGUUGCUACCAUUCGCUAAAAAAAGUUUAGGUAAAUUCAGUGCUUCCCAGACUUUUUUGAAUGAUGGUUGCUUUGUAAUAUAUAUUUUGAUAUGUGCAACUGCCUGAAGACUUCUUGUGCAGUAGUAAUAUCCUGUGGACAGCCUCUGUAUCAGAACCUGAGUAUCGCUAGACAUGUGGCACCCCUUGCCACUUUCUAUGGCUGUGGCAUCAAUAUUUAUUGUGUGAGUGUACUUGGUUGUCACCUAGCUCCUUACUGUGCUCAGUUACAAAAUAUUUGGUUGGUACCAUAUGCACAUUUAUACUAAGUCAGCUGAAUGUAAUUUUGUGAUGUUAAAAUUUUAAAAAUCAUAUUCUUGCAUUGAGAAUUGUGAACACUGUCAUGUACUGAAUUUGUGUGUAUAUCAUACUGCAAUAAAGUAUGAUUGAGAUAAGUGAAAACAUAAUUUGAAAAUUGAUCCAUAUGCAAAAUGAUUGGUUGUUUUGCUGCAUACUGACUUGUCAGUGGGACAACAUACUAGUUCAGUAAGAUCAUCUUGUGUCUCAUGACAUCACAGGCUAUUAACAAAAUGGGCCUGUCACAUAGUGUGACAGUUAGGUAAUGCACAUAUUGAAUUUGAAACCAAAAAAAAUGAACAUGGGUAUUUAUGUUUCAAAAUGAAUACGUACAUUUUGUGGUCCCAAGAAAAAUACUUAGAGAUGGACGAGUUGAGGUUUUUUGGCUUCAAGUCGAGUUGAGCCGAGUUUAGCAAUUCAUAUUUCGAGUCGAGUUGAGUUCGAGCCAAAAAUUUUUUGAAGAGGUCGAGUCAGUUUGAGUUUCAUAAUUUUAUAUUUUUUUUGCAUCAAAUAUGAU